UCGGAGCAAACGUGACAGGUUGCCCAAGCUGCUUGGGUCAGCAGAUGCUGCUGGAGUCACGGGGGCCGCGGGGAAGGACGCUUCCGCCCUGACGACCUCCGGGACGCGCUCGCCCGCGGCCCCCCGCGCCUCACGGCCUCGGCCUCUCCCGCGCCUGUGGGGCGCUGACCCGGAACUGCCGGCCGGCGCGGGAAUCCCCCGCGAGGGGCUGGGCCUGGCGCCGCUCUGCGGCCGCGGCGGGAACACCCGAGCCCGGGCGAACGCCCUCGGGAGGCCGAGGCCCGGCAGGCGGGCGGGGCGGACGGCGGGGCGUCCCGCCGACGGCCGGGUUCGUGCGCGGAGGCUGCGGCUCUCGCGUCCCAGCUCGCGGCCGCCGGGGCCGCCGCGCCGAUUUGUCAUAAAAGUCUCCUUUGAGAAAAAGCGCCUGAUUGAAGGAUGGCAGAAGCAGUCUUGAUUGAUCUCUCCGGUUUAAAAUUGAACUCUCCGAAAAACUGCCCUCAGACCUUACUGAAGACACUGAAUGGUAUUCACCACCACCACGCUCCCAAGGCCAAGUUCCUUUGCAUAAUAUGUUGCAGUGAAGACACCAAGGAAAGGGAUGGUGGUUUGGGUCUUUGUGAACUGGAGGCGGCAAAUGGAUUUUCGCUUCUCAUGGGAGAAUUUGAGACUGUCAGCAACCCCAGCAUGGCUGCCUCUCUGUAUACCAUUAAACAAAAAAUUGAUGAAAAAAAUCUGAGCCGUGUAAAGGUGAUUGCACCUGAGCAGAGGAAACCGCUACUGAAGGCGUUUGUUGAUCAACUCUUCACUAAUGUGUAUGAUUUUGAGUUUGAGGAUUUACAGGUCGCUUGGAGGGAUAGCCUUUUGCAACCAACGGCUGAAAGAGAUGCGGCCACAGGUCACGGACCAGAAGACGUACGGAAUGAAGUAGAAACGUACCUAAGAAGCCUGCCGGCUCUGAAAGGGGACUUGGCUAUUAUCACAUCACCUUUGAUCCCAGCAGAUCUCUUCAUACAUGGGUUUACUACAAGGACAGGCGGCAUAUCGUAUAUACCAACUCUCAGCUCACUCAAUCUUUUCAGUAGCUCCAAACGGAGAGAUCCCAAAGUAGUUGUUCAAGAAAAUGUUCGUAGGUUGGCGAAUGCUGCAGGAUUUAAUGCGGAGAGAUUUUACCGAAUAAAGCCUGACCACGCCAGUGAAGUAUGGACUAUGGGGAAGAAGGAGCCGGAGUCUUAUGACGGAAUAGUCACAAACCAGAGAGGAGUCACCAUCACAGCUCUGGGUGCCGACUGCAUACCUCUAGUCUUUGCAGAUCCUGUGAGAAAAGCAUGUGGGGUGGCUCACUCUGGCUGGAAAGGUACUUUGUUGGGUGUAGCGAUGGCCACUGUAAAUGCUAUGAUAGCAGAAUAUGGCUGUAAUUUGGAAGACAUUAUUGUUGUUCUGGGACCAUCAGUAGGACCUUGCUGUUUCACUCUGCCCAAAGAAUCAGCAGUAUCAUUUCAUAACCUUCAUCCUUCAUGUGUGCGACAGUUUGACUCACCUCAUCCCUAUGUUGACAUCCGAAAAGCCACCAGGAUUCUUCUAGAACGAGGUGGAAUUCUUCCACAGAAUAUUCAAGAGCAGAAGGAAGAGCUUGACCUCUGCACAUCCUGCCAUCCUGAGAAGUUUUUUUCCCAUGUCCGAGAUGGUCUUAACUUUGGCACACAGAUUGGCUUCAUAUGCAUUAGAGAAUGAGGUUCUUGACUGGAAUUUUGCAUAAAUGGUCCUUCCACACUAACUGCAAAGGAAAACUUCAGCUUCUUGAUUUAUAUAAAACCAAGAAGAUUACAAAAGAGAAUUCAUCUUCAGGGCAUAUGCUUUCAGUUAUCCAAAGCCCAAUGAUCUUGGUUUAGUUAUUAUACAGCUGAUGACAUAAUCAGUGUGAUGUUAUUCCUAAAGAGUGCUCUCUGUAUUUAUCUAUGAAUCAAGAUCAUGUCUGGUCAGUUCAGUAUUUGGUAGAUGCCAGCUUCUUUCAAGGCUGGAGCUAAGCACAGUGAAUCGAAAUGAAGACAAAUUUUCCAAUUGAAACAAGUGCAGUAGGAGUCAUAAAUAUUUCCUUUUAAAUAUAUAUUUUUAAUUGCCUUAUAAAAUACUAGGUUUCAUUAUGGUAUUUUCAAACAUCGUAUUUUUGCUGAUCCUUCUCUCUCCCUCUCCUUGUCCCCUCGUGUGCCCUUUCACCUCAGUAGCCCCUCUUUCCCAUCUGAUGUUUUCCUGUACCCCUCCCUUGUUCAGUCCCCUUCUUCCCUUUUCUAGUUUCAACAUGUAUAUCCACACUUAUACCCACAAAUAUACAUAUAUGUGCACAUACAUAUAUAUGUGCUUGUUUAUAUAAACAUUAAAGGUUAGGAUUUGUAUGUGAGAGAGAGUAUGCAGUAUUUGUUACUCUGAGUCUGGAUAAUUUUGUUCAACAUAAUAAUUCCAGAUCCAUCAAUUUUCCCACAAAUUUGAUAAUUCCAUGUGGCUAAAUAAUAUAUUGUGUGUAUGUACUCUUAUUUUUGUUAUAUAUUCAUUUGUUGAUGAACAUAUAGGCUAAUUCCAAAUCCUUGCUAUUGUGACUAGAAUAGAAUAAAUAUGUUUACAUAUCUUUGCGACAGAGUAUAGUCUUUUGGGUAUAUGCCCAAAAAUGAAAUAGCUGGGUCAUAAAGCUGUUCUGGUUUUGGUGUGUUUCUUUUAAAUAUAUUCAUUUGAGGCUUUAAUGCAUAUUUAUAAUGAAAUAUGACCAUAACCAUCCUUCAUUUCCCCCUCGAACUCUUCCCCAGAUUUUCCCAACAUGUCAGCUCCCAGCUUCACAUCCUCACUGUUUAUUUUUUUGUGAGGCCUCUAUGCUGAUCUCUGUAAUGGCUGUUUGAGUAUACACUCCAACCAACAGUAAACAAGAGCUAGACUUUCCCCGCAUCCUCAUCAGCAUUUGUUGGCAUUUUUUUCUUUUAUUCACCUAUUUUUAUGUGUAGAAGUAUUUUACCCGCACGUAUGUCUGUGCAGCACAUGCGUGCAGUGCCCAGAGAGGCCAGGAGAGAAUGUCAGACCCCUGAGAGUGGAGUUACAGAUGGUUCUGAGCCACCAUGUGGGUGCUGGGAAUCAAACUCAGAUCAUCAGGAAGAGCAGCCAGUGCUCUAAACCACUAAGCCGUCUCUCCAGCUUUGUCACUCUUCUGUCUUGGUAGCAGCCAUUCUGACGAGGGUUAGGUAGACUCUUAGUUGUUUUGUUUUUGUUUUUUUAACUUUUAUGUCUCUGCUGGCUAAAGGUGUUGGAUGGGUUUUCAAUAUAGUUUUGGGCUUUUGUGAUUCUUUUGAGACCCAUCUCUUCAUUUCAGGACAUGAACUGUCAGUAAAUGAGGCUUGUGGUAUUGUUGGUGCUAGAGCAUCAUUUCAUUGAGCUCAUGUAUAUACAUGUGUACUAGGUAGAUGUCAAGCCCCCUUUUGAAGUGUAUCUGGCAAAGAUUUGGUAGCACCCUGUAAGCUGCUUUUCCUCAGACUGUGUUUUUCUAAUUCUUCGCUGUGUAUUGUUUUGUUUGAAGCCCAUAUAUUUAGGUAGCCAUACUUUGCAUUAUAUACUCCAGCAUUCCAAAAACAAAUAAAAUUAUGUUUUAUUAUCCUGUG